AUGCUUAUUGUUCUCAGUGCAUGCCAUUACAUGACAUUAAGGAAAGUGUUAAUUUCAAGGCUUGACAAAGCAAAGGGUAAACCCCAGCGCACAUUUCAAAGGCCUGAAAGAGUGAGCAGCAUCUCUGCUUCUUUUGUGAUAAGCUCUUUACCACCAAAGAGGCAGCUGAAUCCUGUGAAAGGAACCAUACCCACGUUGAUAGAGGUGCCCUUGAGCUGUCUGAGGAUCCAGACUGGGAAAUUGACACACCAUCACAUAGUGCCAGAAAGAGAGAGCAGCAUCUCUGCUUCUUUUGUGAUAAGAUCUUCACCACCAAAGAGGCAGCUGAAUCCUGUGAGAGGAAACAUACCUACAUUGCAGGAGGUAGAAAGGCCCUUGAGCAGUUUGAGGAACCAGAUUGGGGAAUUGACACCCCAUUACACAGUGCCAGGUAACCAGAAUCUGAUGUCGAUGACUCACAGCUACCUCACAAAAAGUUAAAAUUUGAUGAUACACUUACUCUGGCUCUUAACAGAUUCAUGCAACAACAUUUUAAGGCAUUUGACAGCAAAAAGAGAAAAAAACAAAAGAAUUUAUGAAGAGGAUGCUUGCUUCAGAAUUACAGAAGAUUGAUUCAACAGUAACAACAAAGGAAGUAUCAGAUAGGUGGAGUCGAUUUACCAAUAGACUUAAACAGUUCCUGGCAAAGCAGCAAACCACACAGAUGGGUACUGUAAAGCCACCCAAAUUCUUCGAGGAGAUGUCCUUCCUUCUGGAUCGGCCAUUAUAUACCAGGGCACACCAUUUAGAAACCAAGGACUCCAUGCAGGGACAAUGUUUUAGUGUACCAAUCCAGCAAGUCUCUCCUGUUGAACAGCACACUUCAGCAGGUCAAUCUGAAGUUCAACAUCACAACCAUCAACUCAGCUAGACAGUCCAGUAGAACCAAGAGUAAAUCAGCCAGAACAUCAAGCACAGCCAAAUGUACCACAGACAGUUCAACCAGCCCUACCUGCACCUCGUAGAACAAGACGUAGGCUGAGGCCCCCAAGCUACAAAGAACAGCUGGUAAAUGAAAUACGUUUGAUGCGUGAGCAGACACAAAAUUAUCCCCUUGCUUCAAGAAGAAUAUACUUUUAAUUGAAAUAUGGAGAAGAUUGUCUCAAGCAUGGAUAAAAUAGCCAACAGUGUUGACAAUCUUAAUGAGGCAACAAACAUGUUGAAAACAGCUGUAAAUACAAAGGCUGAGCUCAGAGAAGAGCAAAUAAAACUUCUACGCAAGUUUAAUAGUUAAACCCUUGUUUUUUAUUCAUUACAUAUGUAGCAAAAAACUUUUAUUU